CUCGGUCGCGACACGGCAUCGCGCCGCGACACGCGUCACCGCGCCGCGACGCGCGGGACCAUGGCGGCGCUGUGGAGGGGCUGCGGGCGGCUGCUGGCGCGGCGGCCCGGGGCGGCGCAGGCGCUCACAGCCGGGGCCCUCAUGGGAGCUGGGGAUGUGAUUGCACAGCAGCUGGUGGAGCAGCGGGGGCUGCACGGGCACCACUGCCCCCGCACCCUGAAAAUGAUGGCCAUUGGCCUCUGCUUUGUGGGCCCUGUUGUGGGCAGCUGGUACAGGAUCCUGGAUUGGCUCAUCCCAGGGAAUACAAAAGUUGUGGCUGUGAAGAAGGUGAUCCUGGACCAGGGGGGUUUCGCUCCGUGCUUCCUUGGCUGCUUCCUGGCUGUCACAGGGGCCACGAACGGGCUGUCGGUGCAGGAGAACUGGUCCAAGAUCCAGCAGGACUACAUGGAUGCCCUGAUGACCAAUUACUGUAUCUGGCCGCCCGUGCAAAUUGCGAACUUCUACUUUGUGCCUCUGCAGCACAGGCUGGCUGUUGUCCAGUGUGUUGCCAUCGUCUGGAACUGCUACCUGUCCUGGAAAGCGAAUCGGAUGUGAGGCACGAGCCGUGUCCCGUGCCUGUGCCCAGCCUGUGCGCUCCUGACCCCACCACAGCUCAGAGCCCUGGCCGUGGGCACGCGUGGCCGCGGGCUGACUGGGACACACAGGGUCCUGCAGCAGCCAUCCCGCUCUUUUCUCAGGGGAAUGCCAUCCCCUAUGGCCACAGCCCCCACUGCCCCAGGGAGAAGAUGGUGCCAGGACAGGCCUGGAUCUGCUCUAGCCAUGCUGUGCAGCAACUCUGCCCACGAUGCUCUCUGUCUGUGCUCAGCCAUUUCCGAGCCCUGCACACAGGGUGCUCCUGCCCUGAGCAUCACUCUGACCUUCCCCAUGGCACAUCCCAAGGGAAAAGAGGAGUGGAAAUGGAGCAGGGCUGGCCCUGGGCUGGCUGUGCCAUGGGCACAGAGCUGGGGUCACUGCAGGCUGGGGAUGCUCUCCCCGAAAACAGGGUUUGCUGUGGCUCUGCUGUGGACAGUCAAAGCAUCAAUAAACAGUGGUCUUCA